CAGGAAGGAAAUCGACAAACACGUGAGGGAGUCUGAUAGACUGAGCUGCUGACGCAAUUUGGAACCCCAGGCUUCAGCGUGGUCAUGUUUCUCCAGUAUUACCUCAAUGAACAGGGAGACCGGGUCUAUACCCUAAAGAAGUUCGACCCUGCGGGACAGCAGACCUGCUCGGCCCAUCCUGCUCGGUUCUCCCCAGACGACAAAUACUCUCGACACCGAAUCACCAUCAAGAAACGUUUCAAGGUGCUGAUGACCCAGCAACCGCGCCCUGUCCUCUGAGGAUCCCUUAAAUUUCAUGUCUCCUGCCGCCUGCUACCCUCUGCGCCUUGAAGCCUUACUACCACCCUUGCUCUUUGGAAUCUGGUGUCAUCAUUACCUUUGAUCAUGCUUGUGAGAGGCAAUCAUGGUAUCCCCCUUAAAGGGAACAAGUCUAAAUCUUCGUAUUUUGACUCACUGUUAGGUUAUUAAAAUGAUUUGAAAGAG